AUGGAAAAUAAAAUUUUCCUCAAUUUGGUUGAGGUUUCUUGCACAACAUAUGCCCUGGUGAUCGCGCUUGUGCGAACCAACACCCUGCUCGACGAUCAACUUCGUCAAUUGAUAAAGUUUGUCGAAGACGCGAAGGAACAACGAAAAAACCAAGGUCAAUCCACUACCGUUCGUUGCUCUCUUAGCAACAUUAUCAUUAAAUUGGCGGGAAUGACCGAAAUGGAGCUCGGGAACAUUCUGCUCGAAUGUCAUCAUAACUUGGCUUACGAUGUUGUAAGACGAUGGAAACAAGAACACUUUAUUCCACCAGAGUAUGGAGGCAUUCCCUUUCCAACUGAAGCUGUCCUGCCUCCAGCGGCUGCCCAAGUUGAAGAAAUUGCUCGCACUCCCACAGAAGACUGCACUCUGGAACCCCUCACAAAAGAGGAGAUGGAUGUAUUAGAAGAAAUCGAAAGAGAAGCCGAUCACACGGAUUUUACGGAGAAAGAGUGUGAAAGGGACAAUUUGGCGGGCACGACCCCCAACGAGCAACCAACAACGAGCCACGAAAUGCCUUGGCGAAGUUUCGAGUCGCUCUUGUAUGCCACUACACCAGAGCUGCUGGUCAAACUUGUGGAAUGCAGUUCUUUCACCAACGACCAGCUCAUAUAUACGCUCCGCGUUGUUCAAAACGCAAGAAACGAGAAAUAUAUCUCACCACUGCCUCGCUUGCCAACUGAACCUUCAACAAGCAUCCACGAUUCCAACGAUGAUGAUGAUGUCGCGUCAUCAAGUACAGGAACAGAACAACUGGAGACUCCCGGAAACGAGAAAGAUCACGCCUCCAUCAAUCAGAAAACCAGUCAGCAGGCCUCCGCAAACCGAACAAAAAUUGAGAUCAGUGUUAUCAAGGGAGAGCUGAUUUCUCCGGAAAGGAACGGAAACUAUAAAGAUGUCGUGCCAUCAAGUAAUGGAAGCCAACAACUGGAUAUUUCCGAAAAUGUGGAAGGGGAGAGCUGAUUUCUCCAGCCCGGAACGGAAAUUAUGAAGAUGUCGUGCCACCAAGUCAAAGAAGCCAAGAACCUGCCAUUUUCGGAAAUGAUGAAGAUUUUGCAUCAACCAGUCAGCAAGACGAUGCCCAAGAGCAAGUCUUCACCAGCCAUAAAAAUGUUGAGAAAGGAGCGAUCAAGAGGGAGUUAACAUCUCCAUCAACCAACUGUGCCGAUUCCAGAAAUGAUGAUCGGUGGAUCAGAAGAUCACUGAGAUCCUCAUCACGUGCA